AUGAUCGCAAUAAGAAAAGAUAUUCCUUUCUCCCAGGUUCCAGUCUAUGAAGUUCCUGAGUAUCUGGAUACGUUGGCUCUCUCCAUCCCAUCUAACUGGGGAGACCUCCUCAUAGUUAAUGUCUACAGAAAUCCUAGAGCUCAAAAUAACACCAUUAACUGGGAAACUUUUUUCCAUUCUUUCUCGGAUCAUUUCCCCUCUAUUAUCAUAGUAGGAGAUUUCAACUGCCACCAUCAAUCCUGGGGAUGUGACCAUUCCUCUCCGUAUGGAAAUAAACUAUUCAAGGCUAUUGAAGAUGCUACCUUUAAUACUUUAAACGAUGGUUCCGCUACACGUUUUACUCGAAUUAAUGAAGGACAAAAAAUGGGCAGUGAUCACUUUCCCAUCUCGAUUACCUUUGAGAUUUCCUUUUCUUACUAUGAAUUCUUUUCCUAUAAAUAUAACCUCAAAAAAGUCUGCUGGAGUUUCUUCCAUGAUGCCCUUAAAGAAGAAGAGUUUAAUAAUGAGAAACCUGAUGGCACGCUCCUUUCGGCUCUUCAAGCCUACUUGAAUCUUUUUGAAUUAAUAGAUAAUGCCCUUCAUAUAGCUGGACCAAAAAUUGAAAGUAGGCCUAAGCGAGACUAUCCAAAUUCUCCUCCAUGGUGGAAUGAGGAGUGCAUAAAAUAUGAGAGAUUAAGAAGGGCUAAACUUGGUAGAUAUCGGCAGACCCGAUCCUGCGCUGAUGGUUUGGCAACUUUAUCUACAGAAAUCCAUACCUCCUUUGCAGAAGAUUUUUAUACGGCUGCUCUAUUUCUUGAUGUGGAGGCGGCUUAUGACAGUGUGGUCCCAAGUAUUUUAAUUAAUGACAUGCGAGAGAUGGGUGUUCCAUGGAAGAUAUGCAGGUUCUUCAAAAAUCUGGUUACAGAAAGAAACGUCUUCUUUAAAGUAAAUGGUUCAAAUCAGGGCCCUUAUAAAUUUAAGAGAGGUCUCCCUCAGGGUUGCGUCUCCAGCCCUACGUAA